AACGGAGCCGCCGGAGCCGCCCGCCGGGCUAUGCUGCUGCGGCCGCUGCGGUCCUGGGCCGCCCAGGCGCUGCGGCGCGAGGGGUCUGGGAGCCCCGCCGCGGGUCCCCGGACUCGGGGGGCGCAGUGCCGGGCCUGGCCUCUGGAUAAACAUAGAGAAAAUGAAAAAGAGAAAAAAUCAGUGAUCUGUGUUGAGGGCAAUAUUGCAAGCGGGAAGACGACGUGCCUUGAGUUCUUCUCCAACACCGCCGGGAUUGAGGUGUUACAGGAGCCAGUGCCCAAGUGGAGAAAUGUCCGUGGCCAUAAUCCUCUGGGUCUGCUUUACCGCGAUGCCAGUCGAUGGGGCUUCACGCUGCAGACGUACGUGCAGCUCACCAUGCUGGACCACCACACUCGUCCCCAGACAUCACCAGUACGAUUGAUGGAGCGGUCGAUUCACAGCGCAAGAUAUGUUUUUGUAGAGAACCUGUAUAGAAGCGGGAAGAUGCCUGAAGUGGACUAUGUGAUUCUGUCAGAAUGGUUUGACUGGAUUGUGAGGAACAUCGACGUGUCCAUUGACUUGAUAGUUUAUCUCCGGACCACCCCUGAGACCUGUUAUCAGAGGUUACAGAUGAGAUGCAGGGAAGAGGAGACAGUCAUUUCCCUGGAAUACCUGGACGCCAUUCACCGCCUCUACGAGGACUGGCUCCUCAAAGGAGGCAUUUUCCCUGUGGCAGCCCCUGUUCUGGGCAUGCGGAGGAGCACCAGUGCCGUCCUGGGCUGUUCCCCGGCGAUGCCCUUAGGAGGUGCUGAGGUGAUUGAGGCUGACCAUGACAGGAAGAACAUGUUAGAACUCUAUGAACAAAACCGGAACCGCAUACUAACUCCAGAGAAUCAGAAACAUGGCUCAUAGGACAGGAAGGAUCAUGCCAGAAACAUGCCCACCGCUGCCAAGUUAGCUAUUAGAAGCAACUUGGGAAAAUCCACUUUCGGGAGGGCUUUAUAUUUGGCCACGUUGUUUCCUGAUGGUCUCUUCCUCUGUUCCAGGGUCUUCAUCCUGGGUCUCUGGUCCUUGCAGGUAAAUGACAAAUGGGACCAGUGGGUUUGUCAUACCUUUGGUGUUCGUAGCCUUACAUUCCUCUGGUGCCUCUCUUGGUGGUUUCCCACUGCUGAGUCCCCUCUGAUUAAGGCAAGAGCCUCCUGAUGUUACGCUGGAUUUGGGGUCUCUAACGCUUCCCACCACCCAGGAGGGUGAGGUAGUGGCCCUUACCUCCCACAGAGGAAGUUGAAGCUCAGAGAGGCUAAGGGACUCCCCAGGAUCACACAGCCAGUAACAGUGGAGUUGGCAGGCACACUUGAGACUUUUGGCGACUGAAACAUUCCCCGCCUCUCCCGAGAGCCCGUGUUCCCCUGCUAGAGGCCUCACGUCCGUGUGGGGAGAGCCAGCAGUGCGUGGAGCCAGCACCCGCGUUUUCUCUAUUUGAGCAGUUCUCGAGGACAGUUGGCAUUCCUAGACCUUCACAAAAUUGUGCUGUGUUUGGCUUGAGCCCAGCGUCCGGUGGUUCCCAGCAUGAGGCUGCUGAGGCAUUUACCACCUCAUCACCUGGACUUGCAUGUCCUUGGGAGAAUCAUGCUUUGGCUCCUGCAUGGUGCUCCUUGGUGACAAAGGCCUUGCCUGAGCUCCUGCCAAAUCCAUGUCAGGGAAAUGGCUUUUGGUGCCUGAGUGGCUUACCCGGUGCCAAGCUGGGGCAAGGGGCCACCGGUGCCCUGGCUCUGAGGCCUUGUGUGAGGAGCUUUUCCCUUGGAAUUACUGAGAGUUUGUGGCGUGCAGGAGAGACCCAAGUGGCCCUACGUCUUUUUGAAAUGGUUUUCCAUGAAGGGGACACCGUGGACCAUAGAGCAUGAAUUCAUCUUUAUUGGUUCAGAAAGUAUCUUAGCUUCUCUCAGCUGUAACAGUACAUCAAAGCCGUAGCUGUCUCUUGAGUCCAGUGGGAAGUAAGAGAGAGAGAGAGAACAUUCUCUUAGGAGACAGUCUGGACAGGAAGGUCAGGGCCUGCAAGCAGAGGCUCUCGGAGCACUGGUACUCCGGAUACUUUGGAGGUGUGUGGAGAGAGGAAGACUGUGGUCGACACGGAGAAGGUCAGUUGUGAGCUUUGGGGAAACAGGCCUCAGCUGUCCUGCGCAGCGGUUGGUGUGAGCGAAGGUUGGAAGGCCUGGUGCCAGUCUCUGCAGGAGUGUGGCGCCUGUGCGUGCCGCUGUCUCCUCCGCGGGGCUGCAGGUGCUCAGGUGGGCCGCGCCCGGAGGGGGCACUAAGGGGGCCAGACUGUGACUCCUGGACCAAUCUUGGGCCACGCGGGCAGGAUGAGGGGCAGCCCGUGGGCAUGUGUCUCUCAUCCCAAAUGUCAGAGCUUGACGAGACGCUCAGGGGAGGCAGGAGCCCCUGUUACUGGGGAUCUUGACGAGCCGGGGCGGUCUAUGGGAAAUUGUGGAUGAACAGUCUAGUAUUUUCCCCACAGCUUGAUUUGAGCAUCUGUUUUGGGGGAAAUGUGAUUUUAGAAAAUAAGUCUUGCUCUGUGGUAGCCAAUAAAUCCUUCACCACAAACCUGAGGUUAAUUUCGGCGUGCUUCCUAGCCAGUGAUUUUAGCUCCCUGCAGCAUCCUUUUGCCAAUAGGGUAAUGUGUUUCCAUUUUCGUAACCCUGUCUUUCCUAGCGUGGAAUGUUUGGGUCCAAAAGAGCUCACCGUGGUCUUGCUCUGGCACCAUGGAGAGGAUGCCAUGUACCUGCAGGGAUGGUGACAGAAAUAUUUCAGCCCAGGGGUGUCACACAAAAUGGUUGGCGCCCAGCUUGCACAUACUAGGGUUGCCUUCCCCGUGUGUCAGGCAGGUCUGGUGACAUCAGGGGUCACGGAGCAGGACAGGAAAAGGGCAGAUGGCACAUGGUAGGCAUGGGACCUAGUUUUUAGAGUGGAGGGAGACACUCCCCAGGGACUCCCAGGAAUGGCUCAGAGGAGCACGGCAGGGGCUGGCUCCUUGAAUUGCUGACCAGGCAAGCCAGGCCAGUGACAUUCCAGAUUUAUUGGUGUCCCGCCAUUCUUACCCUGAGGCGGGGUUCUGUAGGGCAUUGCAUGAGUACACCCCAGAGCUGCCUCAGCAGCUUUGACUUGUGGUACUUAAAAAAAAUCUUGAAUAGCAUGAAUACCUUCUUGUACUCAGCAUGUUUAGUGAAAUAGUUCUAAUUUAUACUUCAGCUUUUUAGUUGUACAUGCAAAAUGCAUAAUUAGAAUCAUUCAGAAAUAGUUCAUGUACCUGGUGAUUAAAAAAAAGUGAGAAGUGUAUUUCUGUUUCACAUAAAAGGGCAGAGGGGGGUGAUCCAGGGCUGGUGUGGUGGCUCCGAGGCCAUCGGAGUCACGGGCUCCCUCUCUGGCUUUCUCUUCCCAGUUCAACUUCUUGGUUUGUGGCUUCCUUCCUCCAGGGAUUUCCCUGUCCAAGACGGUGCCAGAGGCCUAUGCUGGCUAAUGAUGGCAUCAGGACAUAUUGUCUGUCCCCCAUUCAUACUUUAAUUCUAAUGUGGAUGAGGACCUUUGCAAGGCACAACUAAGAUAAGCCGUAAGGUUCUAACAGGAUUUUGCUUGGAGGCCUUAGAAGUUAGGAGGGAAGUCGGGACCCACAGGCUGGGCCACAGAUGUGGGGUCAGUGCUGUGGUGCCCCCUGGCCCCACCUCUUCCUCCAUUGUGCCCUCACAUCACCUUACCCUCACUGCCAGGGACCAAAAUGUCCUCAGUUCAACCUGCCUCCUGUGCUGGGCGUAGCCCCGAGAGGGCAGAGGCCACCAGUGUAAUGUACUCCCACAGCUUGGCUCAGGAGGCCUUCCCUAAACCGUGGGCCCUGGGGAAGAAUGUCACUUUUUGUUUCUCUUCCUGUCCUCUUAUCAUUUCCACCUGAGCCGCUCACCUAGAUAAGUGUCCCCGUCCCCACCUGUGGAAUAGGUCAGCCAGAGACCUUUAACCGGGACUCCCCCAGCCCCCCACCAUCAGACCUGGGGAAGGACUGAAGUAUGUACAACUCUGAGAAAAGAAAGGUAGAAGAUAUUUCCAGAACCUGCCUACCUCUGGGUGCUGUUGCAUCUGUGCCCUCUUGUUUAGAGCCCUGGGGCCGGAUGGGGGUGCUCACAUCAAACACUUACGUAUCUGCGGAAUGAGUAAGACUCAUCCCUGUGGCCUCUCCACCCAGAAAAAUUACAGUUAUUAAAGUAAUUGAUGAGCUCUUGGAAAUGUCAGCCCUCCAUUGUUGAAAAUCUAAUAAUAAUAAUACCCUGCCUGGUGUCUCUGGGCUUUGGUGGUGGAUUACUCACCCAGGGCCCCAGGGUCACUGGCACAGGGCUUUCUUUUUCUAAUAACCCCAACCCCCGCUGAACUCUGUGUUCUUUUAGUUAACAUAAGAUAGCGAUCUUGCCAAAGGCUGUCAUUAAACAGCAGCUGAGAGAGAGCCAGUCUUGUGGAAUCCAGAGUGGGUAUCCACAUUUGCUGCUGUCUUCCUGAAUCUCUGCAUUUCUUGGCUUUUUCUUCUUCACGGCUGGGGUCCCUGGAACACAGGUGGUCUGGGAGAGAAAAGAGGGUUCCGUUGUCCAGGAAAUUUGGGAAGCACCACCCGAGUACUUUCUCUAAGAUGCACAAGGUAUAUUAGUUUAGAGAAACUCAAGCAGUCCUGUGAUAAAAACACCUUUUCACCCCUAUUUAAGCCAGGGACUCUCACACUCAUUGACAGUAGAACCCCUCAUUUGGGGGAUAUCCAUUAACAAUCUCCCCAAGUGCUAGGGUUCUGCGGAACACACACUGGGAAAAGCACUGUUUUAGGGACUCUGUGGCUACUGCUGACUCACGGCUUUUGUACCCUUUGGGGAUCUCUAGGUCCUGGUUCACAGCUUCAGUGCAUCUGAACCCCCGGAGGGCAUGUUAAAACAUGGAGUACUAGGUCCACCUGCAGAUUUUCCAGUUGAGUGGAAUCCAGUUCUGGGGAUGGCCUGAGAACCUGUUUUCUAACACCAUUCCUGGGGUGAGGAGUCCAGGGACCACCCUUUGAGAGCCAUCUCCCUAGGUUUAAAGUUUCUAGGUGUAAGGUUAAAAUGGCCGGAGUGAAAAAGUCACAAAACAGACUGGAAAAAGAGAUCAGAGCACCCUUUAUUAUAGAGUGAGAAAUAAAUGUAAAAGGCCCUUAUUGGGAGCGCUCUCGGGUGAGGUUCCCUGGUCCUCACAGGAUGGGCCAGGGAGGUUGUGCAGGAGAACAAAGGACUGGACCUUUUAUGGGCCAGCAGCCUCUGAUGUGUUUCCAGGGGCGGAGAACCCCCUGUAAGGCCGCAGGAUGCGGCGGGAGCCGAUGACGUGCUUCCGGAGAGCCAGCAGAGGGCGGCCCCGGGCAAAUGUCGUGCUUCCGGCAGCCUCGGCCGGCAGCGGGACGCUCCUCUCCCCGGGCCCGCCAAACCUGUCGUUCAGACCUCUUUGGUGUUAUAGGGCACGACUCAAGUCUGGUUACUUCCUGCUGACAAAGGGGCGGUGUCAUUAUAGUAAGGGCCGGUGACAGGCAGGUGGGAAUAGGGGUGUGGGAGCGUUUGGUUCACUGCCACUCUAGAGAUCUGGAUGCGGCCUUGGAUUAGUCUGUUUCAUUUAAGUAAUAGCAGCAUUCUUUGCGGAGAAAGAAGCAGGUCCCCCCUCUAUCGGUCGUCAGAAGGUCUAAGGCUCGCCUGUUUUGUAGGGUUACCUGAGCCAGGGAAGUGAUCUGCCAUUGAAGAGAAGCUAGGGAUGCUGCUGAAGCCUCCAUGGCGACCUGUAGGUUCUCUGACAAAUCCUGGGUGGCAUCCAUAGAGUGUAUGAGUGCCCCCGUUCCUAAGCCCGUUGCCACCAGGGAGGAGACCAGAGAGAUACCCAGGACCAAUGGUAAGAACACAGCCCGUUUUGACCUAAGUAAAGGGGGCUGGAGAAGGGAGUGAACCUCAGCUUCACUAUAUAAAGUAAGCUCAGGAACUAGAGAUACUGGGAGGCAUGGUGAGCACUUAGAAAUAUUAGGGUGUUUACUUAUUAUGCCAUUUUACCAAUAAAAUCCCCCAGGGGCGGCCGGUGGUGGAGUUUGGGCGAUGGUGUUAUUACAUCUGGGAUGUAAAAAAGGGUGCAUAGCAUAAGGGAAAAACCCGUCACUAGGAUUGGACGUCCCAGAGUUCCAAAAAGACUUGGCACCUUAUUGGUUGUGAAUGUCUUGUGAGUGUUGGCUGUCUUAUCUGCCAGAUGGAAGCACUGCUCAUUUCUCAGGGCUGUGAGGAUAACCCACCUGGCAUAGGAAGGGGUCAGACCAGUGCCUGGUAUGCAGUAAGUGUCCCAUGAAUGUUAGUUUAUCUGAUGUUUCCCAGAAGCCUGGCUGGAAUGCAGUUUGUUGGCCGAGUAAUGGCAGCAGCUGCAGUGACUGGCACUUUCCAUCAGAGCGGCAUGGGUGCCUGCUCUCACCAAUUGAUUGGGAUCACCUUGACUUAUCUGUUCAGUAGGGACUGAACUGGUUGAGGCCAACCUUCGGGACUUUACCUCUACAAAGGGUUCCAUGGUCUUUCUAGAAUAAUGGAGCAUGGGGAAAGCAACUGGCCUUUGUUUUCUUUUUAUAAAUACCCCUGUUUCUUAUGGGGACUCUGGAUCUGCGCCUGCAAUCCUGAGGCAUGAGGGUGGGGGGGGGGCGGGGAGAGACACAGCUGCCUCUUGGGCUGCGAGAAGUGACACUGCUUCUCGUACCAACAAGGCCCCGGAGUUCCUUACACAAUAAACCGAUGGUUUCCUUACUUACUUCUUGGCAGACCUCUUUCUCCAUGGGCUCGGGUGACCUUUCACUCACCCUUUCCCUGAUGCAGAGCAGAUUUAUUUGUUGCCAGGGAUGGGUAGAUGUUGGCAGCUCUAGGCUCAUCUUGGGAAAUGCCCAGAAAAAUGAACGGCGACCAGCUGUUAAGUGUUUAAGUGAAUCUUGCCUUUUGGAAUCCACUUGAUUUUGUGGAUGGGACUCGCGCCUUGGGGUCAGAAUAUGGGCUGGGAUCCCAGUUUCCCUGGUUAUUGGCUGCAAGACCUUGGGCAGGUCACCUUGCUUCUCUGGUCCUGUUUCUUCCUCCCUUAGACACUGGGGUUCUGUGUUCUCCCUCACGAGGAGAGAGGCUGCACAGACUACAAAGGGGGUAAGUUAAAUGAGUGACGACCCAGAGGGUCUGGAGCUGUGCCAGGCUAUUCCUUGUUCUCCCAAGCCCUUUCCACCUCUCUGUAGUUGGCUGGCAAGGAGACCAGACUUUCUCGCACCUUCCUGGAGGCAGAAAUAUUUAUCAGGGCCAUGGGGGAAAUAGUAUUUCAGCAUCUUUGCAAUCUUGCCCCAGGCAUUCUGUCAGCAAGCCCCUGUUCUCUCCCUGUCUUUUGACAGCACUCCCCCUGCAUCAGCUGUAUGCCAGGCCCUGUGCUGGCUGACAGAUGCACACUGAUGGCCAGGACAGACACCUCCCUCCAUGCACGAAGCAUGUAGUUUAGCUCCUCACAGCUACCCCUGUCCUGAAAUAAUCCCCAAGAAAACCCACCCUGAGGCAGGAGGGCACUGGCAGCCCCAGCACUGCCUUCUGAUGGGGUAGAGAAUUAACGCCAAAGAAUCAGUGAUAAAACCAACACCAACUAUAGAAUUUUAGUGAAGUAGCAGGAUACAGCAUUAGCAUAUGCGAACAAUAAACAGGUCAUUAAUGGUGGUGAAAAUCCCAUUUACAGUGGUAACAAGGUUAAAUACUUUGGAAUAAAUUUAACAAGAUACAUACAAAAACAUACAAGAAAAAUGCUAAAGCGCUCCUCAAAGACCCCAAAUAAGACUUGAACAAAGGUGAAGACAUCCCAUUCUUGGGUAGGGGGACUCAACACAAAGAUGUCUGUUCUCCUUAAAUUCAAUUACAACUUUAAUACAAUCUCAGUAGAAACACCACGGUCUAUUUUAUGGAAUUGUACACAUUAUUCUAAAGUUUAUAUAGAAACGCAAACAUUCAGGAGUAACCAGGAAACUAUUGGAAAAAGAAAAACUAUGACGGAGGACUAGCCUUACGAGGCAGUAAACCAUACUGGAAAGUCUGUAUCAUUAAAACAGUGUGGUCCCGAUGCAUGAAUAGAUAAGUAGGGCAGUGGAAUAAAAUAGCCCAGAAAUAGACCUAAGUACGUAUGCAGAUUUACAUGAUAAGGAUGCCAUCUCAAAUCAUUGGGGUAAAGGUGGACUUUUUAACAAAAAUGGUGGCUGAGGUGACCAUUAGGAAAAAGAUAAAGAUGGAUCCAUGUUUUAAUGUGUAAACUCCCAAGGGGUUAGGGAUCUAAAUGUAGAAAUUGGAACCAUUCAAGCACCAGAAGAAAACGUGGAUGAAUCCUCCUCUAAAACCUUGAUGUACGUACGGAAAGCUUCCUAACGAUGAUUCAAAAUCCAGGGGCAACCAAAUGUUAAUCAUUCUGGCUAAGUAAAAAUUGUGUGAUAAAACCCAGCAUGAACAAAGUCAAAAGACAAUCAACACACUGGGAGCAAAAGGCAACAUAUGUCACAGACAAAGGGCUGAUAUUCCUAAAUAUCCAUGAAGAAUUCUUUAAAAAUGAAGGACAAAGAACCAAAAAUCCAAAUAGAAAAAGAUGUGAAGGACAAUUUACAAAAAAAGAUAUAAAGAUGGCCCUUAAACGUGUGAAAAGCACAUUCACUCAGAGGAAAAGCAAAUGCUAAGGUCUGAUAUUUGUAGCCCCCCCCCCCAUUCAUACAUUGAAAACUUAAUGCCCAAGGCCAUGGUAUUAGGAGCUGGACCUACAGGAACAGAUUAGGCCGUGAGAGUGGAAUCUCACGAAUGGAUUCAGUGCUGUUGUGAAAGGGACCCCACCGAGCUCCUGUGCCUCUUCUACCGUAUGGGGACACGGCAAGAAGUCGGCAGUUCGCAGCCCGGCGGAGGGCCUUCGCCAGAAGACCGCUGUACCGGCACCAUGAUGUUGGACUUGCCACCUCGAGAAUCGUGAGAAAUAAAUUCCUGUUGUGUAUAA